AUGGCCGAGGCGGGAGCCUGGACCCGGCAGUGGAGGCAGGCCUUGCAGCCUGUGCUGGAGACCAUGGGCUACGAGGAACUGAGAGCCUUCUCUGGGCUGGGAGAGCCAGGCGGCGGGGAAGAGUCCUUCGAGAGCUGGCUGGACCACGCCAACGACAUGCUGUACCUGUGGCGCCACGUGUCCGAGAGGGAGCGGCGGCGGCGGCUGGUGGAGAGCCUGGGCGGCCCCGCGCUGGACCUCCUGUGCGGCCUCCUGGCGCAAGAUGCCGACAUGGCCGCGCAGGACUGCCUGGCCGCGCUGGUGCAGGUGUUUGGGGACCAGGACAGCCCGGUGACCGCGCGGCUCAGGUUCGCGACGUGCGCCCAGCGGCCGCAGGAGACGCUCUUUGCCUACGUGAUGCGCCUGGAAGGCCUGCUGCAGGCGGCCGUGGAGACGGAGGCCAUCCACCCGGCCACGGCCGACCAGGCGCGCGCCCGGCAGGUGCUGAUGCGGGCGCGGCCCAACGACACGCUCCAGACCAAGCUGAGGAGGCUGCGGCUGGAGCGGAGGCCCCCUGGCUUCGUGGGCCUGCUGCGCCUCAUCCGCGAGAGCGAGGCGUGGGAGGCCGAGCCGGCUGCGAGCGAGCAGGGGCACGGGGAAGAAGAGGCCCACGCGGGCAUCGCAGGCCUGGCCGCCGCCCAGCGCGCCCCGGCCCGUGACGUCGCCGCCCAGGGCACCGCUGCAGAGGGCACCCUGGCCUUCCCGGCCCCCCUGGCCUUCCCGGCCCGGGAAGACAGCGGCCAGGCUGCCCUUUCAAGGAAGGUGGCGCCCAGGCGCCCCCAGCCCGGGAAGAGGCCGGUGUGGCAGUUCCUGCCGCCGCCGCCGCCGCCGAGGCUGGCGAGGCCGCCCCUGAAGCCCGAGGUGCUGCCAGCGUGGCCCCUGCCCCUGGGGAGAGCAGCCAGGCCUCCCGGGAAGUCGGAAGUGCUCCUGCUCCUGUGGGCCUAG